AUGGCGGGCCUCAUGGUGAGCCCGAGUCGCUAUGUGGCGGCCAUCGUCGUCUUCCUCCUCAUCUUCAACAUGUACCUUUUCAACCGAGUCAUCCGUCUCAACACGCAAAAUGAAGCCCUUGAGAUGUCCCUACAUACUGCUAUCCCCGCCGCGAUCACCUCCAAGACAGAUCCCGCCACUGUAACGGUAACUGCCACCGUGACGGCUACAAAGACCCUAAAUGCCGAGAAGACCGCAAACGCGCCCGCGCCCGCAGGCGACACAGAAACCGGCACAGGCAUCAAACCCCUCCUCGCACACGAAGCGUCUCCUACGUUCCCCGCGAAGAUCUGGCAUAAAUGUGGCCCAAAGGGUGUCAGCGAGCAAGCCCAGAAGUUGAUGAAGCUAUGGCUCGAAAAGAACCCCCACUUCCGCCAUGAGCUGCUCACCGACGACAGCGCCGACCAAUAUGUUCGCGAAAACUACGCCGACUGGCCCGACGUGCUCGAAACAUACAUGGCCCUGCAAGUGCCCAUCCUCAAAGCCGACUUCCUCCGCGUCCUCAUCCUCUACGCCGACGGCGGUAUCUGGAGCGACCUCGACGUCCAAGACGAAGUUCCUGUAUCCGGCUGGAUUCCCGAGAAGUACACCAAGGACACGGAACACCCGGUCAACGUUGUCGUGGGUAUUGAAUUCGACGGAUGGCAGUUCACCAGCUGGACGGUCAUGGCCAAACCGCAUCUUUUGCAUUUCAAGAAUGUCAUCGAGUAUGUCGUUAAGCAGCUCAAGACCACGGCGAUAGAAAACCAUGUCUCUCUGUCACAAAUCACCAAGGCCAUGGUCGGUGAAGUGGUAGCCGUUACAGGCCCGCAGGCUAUCACGAUGGCACUGCUCCAGAGCGUCUCCGAGGAGACUGGCCAGGAUAUCACGAAACAACACAUUCAUCAGCUGAAGGAGCCAAAGCUCAUCGGCGAUAUCAUGGUCCUACCACAAGCCGCCUUUGCCGCGUUGCAGGGCGGCAACCCAACGGAUCAGGGCCCGUACCUGGUAUCACAUCAGUAUGCCGGGUCAUGGAAGAACGAGGUCGGUGGAGAGGAGGGUCAGAAUGCGCCAAAGACACAGCAAACCGCGGCCUCUUCAUGA